CCGAAUUAAGGCAUUAAGGCACCCGCUGGUAGUCGCUGGUGACCUCAAGAGUUGGUUGGCGUUGGUGAGGAUCGUGUGUAGCUGAGUGAAGACUAGUGAUCAAACAGCAGCAAGAUGGUGUGGUGUUUAGUUAAGAAUCAGAUAUGCUGGGCGUUGGUGGCGUUAAUGGUGGCACAGUGCGUCGUAGGACCCUGCGAGGCGAAAAAGUGUGGUGUGAUAUGUCGUGUGCGUGAUCCACUGACGAUCGGUAACAGUCAAAUGCUGAAAGAGUGCUUGUACGAGGUGUAUCCGGUCGAGAGCACUCAGAACACGGACGGUAGCGGGUUCAGCAUGCACACGGUUGAUGAUCGCCGGAAUCGCUUGUUCUCGCUGUACGGUGGUCCGAGCUCGUGCGAGUACUUCGGCACCAUGAUCCAGACGGCGAAGGGACGCGACACACUGGUCGAGACGAUCCGCCGGCAGUUGCAGAAGAGCGGGUUCAAGGGAUUGGAUCUGCAGUGCGAUCCGGUGCAGGCCCGAGUCACACAGCAGGCGUACGCGGAGUUCAUGGAGCAGUUGCGCAGCUACCUGGGCAACACCUACGUGAUCAUGGUGACGUUGAGCAGCUGCCAGCUGGAAUCGGGACUGGUGAAAACGCUCAACCAUGUAGCCGACUUUGUCACGAUCAAUCAUGGCGGACAGCCUUCCAUGUUGACGAACGCACUGAUGUACGGUUUGGCCAGACAUCGUGUACUGUUGGCGACGCCCUAUCCAACCACCAUCAGCUGUCCGCUGAACAACGAUUACUCGCUGAACGAGAUGUUGAGUCAGGUCGAGCAGCACAACCUGUUCGGAGCGGUCGUUCAGCUGGAUCGUGACGACGUGAACAAUGUGUGCGGAGAAGGUCCUUUCCCGGUGUUCCGCAAGGUGUUGGAUCGUCUGUGCUCGAAUGCCGAAUGCAACUUUAGCGGGUUCGUACGAGAUACACGCGACUGUGGUCAGUACUACAGCUGUGAUAAUGGAUGCAAAACGACACACCAUUGCCCAGUCGGACACUCGUUCGAUCUGUGUAAGAGCAGUUGUGAACCAUUCCUGAAGGUGGACUGCAACAGCACGACGUGCUCGGUGAGCGGAGGACUGCCGAAUGGAUUCGUACCGAUCCCCUACCCAGUACCGUUCCCGAUCGCAAACCUUAACUGUUCGAUCUUUGACAACGGUGGCGGCAACAACGGUGGCGGCAACAACGGUGGCGGCAACAAUGGUGGCGGCAAUAAUCAAACGUCCGACUGUUGCUGUGAUGUGCUGCGGAACAUAACGCUCAUACUAACCGGUACUGCUGAUUUUAAUGAGUUGGAAAAGUUACUCUUUCAAAUUAAGGCAGACGGUACGAUUGGCGUGUUACGGGAGGCAUUGGUGAACGUGACGCCACUGCUCGCCAACUUUGUGGAAGCACUGAACAAUCUGCUGUCGCUGGUGCUGAACGGGCAGCAAGCGAUGAACAACACGAUGGGCGGGUUGAACCAAAUGGGGGAGAAAACCAACCUGAUCAAGGCACUGCUCGAUGCAAUCGCGAAUAUUGUGAACAAUGUUGUGAGCUUGCUGGGUGGUAGUGGUGGUGGUGGUGGUCUUACAGGUGGUCUUGCAGGUGGUCUUCUCGGAGGACUUACCGGCGGUUUGGGAGGGUCCGCGUCUGGUGUCGCAUCAGUUCCAGGAGUAGCUACUGCUACAGGAAUGCUAAGCGGUGGCCUGGGGAUAUAGGAGGGACCAGCAACCAUCUAACUAGUUUUUAGCAACUCGACUCAAAAACAUCGUAGUGCUUCACUCCACUAUGUCUGUUGACUUCUUCCCCCAAAACCUUUUCUGUUAAAUAAAAGCUCUUUAACACUA